AUGGAAGAGCUCCGCUCAUAUGUAGAACAGCGUGAUAAAGCUAAGGCGAUACUCCCUGAAUGGUGUGACCAUCGUGUCAGAGUUGAAGCGGAGCUGCGUGAGCUCGCGCGACAGUUUGAUGAUUGGGAAGUGGAAGCCAUAAGAGCUGCAAUUAGCUCGAUUGCUGACAGUAGCGCUGAUGCUGUGGAUGGUCCGUUCCCAGCUUUACCAGUUCCGAACUCCGGUAUGCAAGGCGAGAGGAGGGUUGCAGGCUGCCCAUUCAAGUUACCAUGCGGUCGUCCACUUCGAAAUUGCAUAGACAACACUGUAAGACUCCUUGAGCAGGAUAGAAUCUUGACUAUAGAUCUCAUCGAAGCUGUCGAAGCGCUCAAGGAAAAGGAAGCUCUGUUUCUAGAUAAGAUCGAUUUCGGCAAUUUCAACGAAAACCGUGACAUCUUCUUGCCAGCUGAUACCAAUGUUAACACGUUGAUUGAUUUGGCCGUCGAAGGUAUUCUUUGUCGCUGCGAAGUUUCACACAUGCUUCGCACCUAUGCUGACGAUAUGAGGAAAUGGCAUAAUAUGCGUCGCUUGAUGAUAAAGUAUCUUGGAGAACCGGAAAAUCCACAUUGA